AUGGACUCGCAUACUCCUCAAAAGAGACCAUUAGAAGAGGUUUCUCCAAACAUACCGUAUUCUCCUUGUAAAAGGCGAGCGUCACUUGGAUUUGAAAUGGCCAGUAUUCCAACGAUCACAAACCAGGGUAACGGGUCAACAAAAGGAACUAAACUCCCAAAACCUUUCGCUGCGGCGAGCUCCAACUUCACACAGUCAUCCGAGGUGAACGAUUUACAAAGCAGGAUAUUAUCUAUACAAGAGAGACUAUCGAGAAAACCUCCAGUUUUUACAUCAACCCCAUUUGAAUAUGCACCAACAACAACGCAAUCACUGACUGGUUCAAAUGAUCUACAAGAGACACUCUUUACACUCAGUCAGGAGUGUCGAGAGAAGCACAGGAAGUUGGAACAUCUCACUGAAGAAUUGAGCAGAUUGCGUAGGGUUUAUCGCAAUUAUCAACAAAAGGUUGAAAUGACAACGAGUGAGAUCCGCAAUGUUCAAGCGAGAUUGGAAGAUAUGGAGGAGGAGAUCAUCAACAAUGUUGCUAAUGAGGAGAAGUUAAUCGACAUCAAAUUGAAAGAAAAUAGUAUAAAAUUGGAUGUCCAGUUUACUGAAAUUGAAUUUGAAAUGACACAAGAGGUGCAAGAGGUGAAAAAUUUCGAUUACACUGAAUUGGUUGAUGAAAUUGAAGAAUUGAAACAAACUGAGUUAAAAUUGAAGGAGGAAAUUAAGCAACAACUGGUGAUAAACGAUCAGAAAUAUAAUGAGGAAAUGGAGAAAUUGAGGCAGAUAUUUGAAAAGAAGAAACACGAGUUACAACAGCAAGAGGCAAAAUGCAAUUUGGGCUUGGAGCAGUUACAAGGGGAGCUUGAUGCAAUAACGAAAGAGUAUGAAUUCAGACAGUCUGAACUUGAAACCGAGAAUCAUCGCGUAGAGAAGCUUAAACGUCAAAUUAGCGUUAUUGAAGAAACGAUGAAUAACUAUGUCAAUAUCAAAAAAGAGACUGAGAUGGAACUCGCUAAGGCCAAGCACAUUCUUGAUGAGAAGAAAGCUCAAGAUAAAGCAGAACAAGAGGAGUUUGAUGGUGUUUACCUCGAAUACAGCUCUCUUAAUGACAAGGUUAAAAAACACGACGAACAUCGGCGAAUUUUGGAAAAUUCAAUAAUGGAAUAUCAGGGUAAGAUAAGGGUAUAUUCGAUUGGUAAUGAGAACGAAUAUGGAAACAUUUUCAACAAGCUUUUUAAUGAGAAUACACCCGCUUCUUUUAUUAUUGACGAAUUUGCUCAUUUUACCAAGAGUAUAGUUCAUGGGACAAAUGUUGGCCUCAUUAGUCAAUAUUUAUCUGGUAGUUGCAUCAUUCUUCAAACUAUGCAUAAUCUACUAACCACCCAAACCCAAGCCACAACUUGGCAACUUCAAUUCGAAUAUCAAGCGAUGGCAAUAACCAAAUCUAUUGAUUUAUUAACUGGUUCAACAUUUUCCCAUGCAAAUUUAUUUGAAAGCCAAAAAAUGCGUAUUGAUAAUGAUGAACUUGAUCGAGUUAAUUGUAUAAUCAAUGGAUUGGAGGUUACAAAUGAUGUGAUUGUGCAUGUGAUUACUGUGGGUGGAGUUAAAAAUAGUAGGACGUUUGAAAGUCGACUAGUUGUUGUUGAUAUUUCCAAAAUCGAAACUAAUGAACAACUGAAUGUGAUGCAAAAGUUGAUACACAAUGAUAAACUGACAUAUUUGGAUAAGGUGUUAAAGUGGGUUUCAACAAAGAGUAAUCCUUUGGUAGUUUCCCAAAUCAACGACGCAGAGACAUUCAAUAUAUUAAAAACAAUCAAUUCAACCAAUGUUGCAUGCAAGAAGAAAUGA